AACAUAAUCUAAUCCGAAUAAACUAUAUUUUUUCAAAGGCGCAUGUUUAACGGCAUUCAGCUUUUGAGUUUAAAAAAGAAUGAAUGGACACCUGAGCCAGGUAAAUGAGUUUCUGGAUGACGUCACCGCGCUCAAUAGCGACUCCUUCCCAGAAGCGCGCGUGCGUUCGCCAAUAGAGUUGCCCAUUGUUUGCACUGCUAGAGAGAGUUUACAGUAGAUCGGCAUCGUGUAUUUCCAAACUACCUGUUGACAACCAACGUUUCCGCUCUCUAGGUCGCUUUCGAAGAGAGGGAACGAGCGCACCGAACUAAAAGAAGUUGAUUUUCUUCUUCAAAUGCUAAAGCUGUUCAAUCCCUCCACGGAUUAACAGGAGGAGCAAGCAUGCCUUUGGGACUUAGGAAAAAGAAAAACAAGUCGAGGGAAAGCUCGAACUUAGUGGAAAACGAGGAGGUCAGCGGACAUGUAGGUGGAGGGGUCGGGAAGUCCGCCGUGAACGGUGCCGGUCUCCCAGCUCCACCUGCCAACCUGCGACCGAAACUGGUGUUCCACACGCAGCUCGCCCACGGGAGCCCCACGGGCAGGAUCGAGGGCUUCUCGAACGUCAAAGAGCUGUACAACAAGAUAGCAGAAGCGUUUAACUUAAGUGCGGAUGAGAUCAUGUUUUGCACACUCAACACCCACAAAAUUGAUAUGGAGAAGCUGCUGGGAGGACAGAUAGGACUGGAGGACUUCAUCUUCGCUCACAUUAAAGGGAUCAAAAAGGAGGUGGAGGUGUACAAGGCAGAGGAGGCACUUGGGCUCACCAUCACAGACAAUGGAGCUGGAUACGCCUUCAUAAAGAGGAUCAAAGAGGGCAGUGUGGUGGAUGGGAUUAAGGUGAUCUGUGUAGGAGAUCAUAUCGAGUGCAUCAGCGGAAAGAACAUUGUGGGAAUGCGGCACUUUGAGGUCGCGCGAACGCUGAAGGAGCUGCCAAAAGACCAGUCCUUCACCCUCAAACUGGUGGAGCCCAUGAAAGCCUUCGAGAUGCUUGAACCAAGAUCAAGGGGAGGUGGAGCCAAAGCAUCAGGAGAGAACAAAGUUUGCACAGGCAGAGAAACCCUUCGAUUGCGCUCCAAGGGUCCUGCAACAGUCGAGGAGAUGCCCACAGAGUUUGAAGAGAAGGCUGUGAAGAAAGUGGAUGACCUUCUGGAAAGUUACAUGGGCAUUCGAGACACUGAAUUAGCGGCAACAAUGGUGGAGGUGGGCAGAGACAAGCAGAACCCUGAUGAGUUUGCCACGGCCCUGGACAAGGCUCUUGGUGACUUUGCCUUCCCUGAUGAGUUUGUGUUUGAUGUCUGGGGAGCCAUUGGUGACGCCAAAGAGGGACGGUUUUAAAACACCAGUACACAUACAUGCCCAUCCCACCACAUAUGGCAUAUAAAAAAAAAAAAGAGAUGGUGAUCCUGUUUAUUGUCAUGCAGUUUAUAGCGGGUGUACUGAACAUUUGAAUUUAUACAGUAUGUGAUUUACAAAAAUGUUUUUACAGAUAAAUAAUAAUAAUAAUAAUAAAAAUAAGACCACUGUAUUUUUCUUUACAUACAUUUUCCAACCUGAAAUUUUCAGAAUACCGUGGGUAGCAUUUAUUAGUGGAGCUGGGAGUAUAUCAUAUUUAACAGCCAAGGGAAAGCGUGAUAUUUCAGACACUUUUUUUGAAUAUAGAGAAUUUUGUAUAGAAUUAUUGAUCUACAUUAUCUUUUUUAGAUAGAUAAAUAUAUAUAUAUUUAGACCUUUUAAUUUAUUUGUUUAAUAAAGUGGUCAGACUUUUGACCGUCGAUGACUUUCAAUAGCUGAUUAUCAUUGUGUUGGAUGCUCUGUUAGGUAGUCAUCAUAUUUUAAAGUCAAUUAGAGUUUGGAAUAUACAAACAGAAUAAAACAAAAACAUCGUUUUAAGUGAUCAUUUAACCUUAAAAUAGUGCCAACCAGACCAAUUAAUUUCAGAAUACAAAUGAAUUGAUAUCACAUUGUUAUGUUAUGAGUUUAUUGUACAAUACAAUCCAUAAGGGAUCACUUUUUAUGAUAGUUUUUUGUGCCUUCACUGUUGCAUUAUCAAUUUAAUUUUGUAUGAACAAUUUGUGCUCAAGUUAUUUUUUUCUUUGCCUGUUUUUCACAUCAAAUGUGAAAAAAAGAUGCACUAAAUUACUUUGUGAACCUGAUAAUUCACUGUGACAAAAUAAACUGUUACCCUUCCA